GGGAUCACACAAUAACUGCCUGAGGUGUUCUUAGAAGACCCACAGGCAUUAAACAGUUACUGAACCCUAGUAUGUGCGAGUUGGAGGGAGCAGAAUCUAUAAUGAAAUCUGGUAACUAUUUCAAAACCAGAGUCUCAGAUACUACUCAGAUUUACUGCCUAAAACAUAAACUAGUAAUCAGGGAAAUUACUGUUUCUCUAAUGAGUUGUUGACUUUUGACUAAUAAGCAUUUUAGCAGAUUGAAAGAGCCAUCUUGGUGAUGUGAUGUUUGAUACCCAUAUAUACAAGUGAUCUACCAGCAAGUCUCGUGUGUGCUUUGUGGAGGCUGUGGAUGCCCCAUCCCUGCAGGCAUUCAAGGCCAGGCUGGAUGUGGCUCUGGGCAGCCUGGUCUGCUGUUGGUGACCUGCACAGAGCAGGGGGUUGGAGCUGGAUGAGCACUGUGGGCCUUUGCAACCCAAGCCAUUCUGUGAUUUUAGGGAUUUAAAAUCAGUGUACCUUUGUGUAUAAGUCUUAUCAGUGUGAAAGCUGUGUGCUUCUCACUGGACAAUGACAGUGGCUUGCACUCAGCUAAAGCCCUGAAGGUGAAAUUUCUUGUCUCUUAGAUCUUUCCUACUUGUGCUUUCAUUCAUAAAAGUGACAUAAAACAUUAUUGAUUCACUGAUGCCUGUUCCAGCAGAGAGGAAGUUUGUGUUAUUCUUUAGAACAGUGCAUUUCAUGCAUUUCUACAUCUCAGCCUUUUAUGUCUGUCUCUUUUGAGCGAGCUAUAGAUCCUAAUGUGUGAGUUGAAAUUAAGGCUUUUUUAAAUGGUCGUAGAAAUGUUUGGGAUGGCACCAAAGUUGGCAUAAAGUGUCAAUUUCCCUGUGGGUAGGAAGGCCCUGCAGAAGAUCUGGCAGGCUGAUCACUGGGCUGAGGCCGAUGGGAUGAAGUCCAGCAGAGUGCCAGGUGCUGCGCUUUGGCCACAGCAACCCCAGGCAACGCUACAGGCUUGGGGCAGAGUGGCUGGAAGACUUUGUGGCUGAAACAGACCUGGGGCUCUUCAUUUACACUCAUCUGAACGCGAGCCAGCAGUGUGCCCAGGUGGCCAAGAAGGCCGAUGGCAUUCUGGCUUGUAUCAGCAACAGUGCAGCCAGCAGGAGCAGGGAAGAUCAUCCCUCUGUCCUCAGCACUGCUGCGGCUGCACCUCGAGUGUUUGUUCAGCAUUGGGCCCUCGUUACAAGAAAGACAUUGAGGAGCAGUGGAGGAAACUGGGAUUGUUCUGUCUGGAGAAGAGGAGGCUCAGCAGAGACCUCAUUGCUCUCUACAACUGCCUGAAGGGAGGCUGUGCUGAGAUGGGGAUCAACUUCUCCUGUGUAAUUAGCAAUAGGACUAGAGGGAAUGGCCUCAAGCUGUGCAGAGGAGGUUCAAGUUGGACAUUAGGAAAUACUUUUCUGAAAGAGUGGUGAGCUGCUGGGAAGGGCUGCCCAGAGAGGUGGUGGAGUCAGCAUCCCUGGAGGUGUCCUAGAAACAUUUAGAUGUGCUACUAAGAGACCUGGUUUAGUGGGGAAGUACUGGCAAUAAGUGGGUGGUUGGACUGGAUGAUUUUGAAGGUCUUUUCCAACCUGGGUGAUUCUGUGAUUACUGGAGAUAUUACUAGAGCAUAUGUUUAUGUCUCUCAUUUAGCCUCUCUCAGGAUAAGAAAACAUCCUAUUGUUUGCUGAGGGCAGGAGAGAGAACAAGGAUGUUUCUUUAGGAAAUUGCCCUUCUGAAUGUCUGCAGUGCCGCAGUCUUUCCAAGAGCUGAGGCCGAAUUGCAGCACUGACAACUGGCUGAGCCAUGCUGACUUUCAAAUCAGCUCAUCAGUUACGUAGAAAUGUUGUUGUGAUGAUCCUCAGUGCUUUCAAGGGACUGAUUUCAGCGUCCGUGCGUGGCGUGCUGGUCAGAGGGCUCAAGUUCCUGACAGUGAUGCUGGGGUAUAAAUACAGAGGCUGUAAAAGGAAAUUGCACUGUCCCUUCUCUGUUUGCCAACGUGUUCUUGUGACUGCUUGGUAGCAUGUUGUUCUCCGGGAUUCCUGGACACAGCCAAGGAAUGUCUGAAGAGAUUUCUUCCCUCAAACACUUUUCCUGCUCGUUUUGGAGGAAAGGAUCUUGUCCUUUCACAUGGUGGUUUUCCAGUGUUUUUAUGAUGGUAUUGAAAAGACCAUAUUGAAAAGAUCAUAUUGAAAGUGUUACCUUUCAUUACUGCUUGCUGCAAUGCUUUGAGGGUACAAGCAUGUGCGAGUGUGACCUUGCAGUUCUGACCUUGGAUCAAAGGAACAUCCGAUGGAGAUGGGCCUCCAGCCAAACCAGUUCAGCUAAGAAACAAGAAAACAAGUUUGUGUAUCUGUAGGCAACCUGGCGUCUCUGAGAUAUGCGGUGUGUUGGGAGGAGGAGAGGGAACAGGCAUUUCGGUGUUUGCCUUUCUCAGCUCGUGCUGUUGCUGCAUUGAAAUCUGAGAGUUGCUAAGAAUAACCCUGUAUUUCCAUGUAGCCAGGUUUGGUGCCCAUCUGACAGGACAGGCUCACGUUGGGGUGCUUGUGCUGUAUCAUUUCCUGUAGCAGUAAGGCGACAGCCAUUACUGUAGCCUCGGGAAGGAGUUCCUUUGCUGCUGUGUCCUGGAGGAGGUGGAAGAUCCGCUGCUUGGUGAUGUAGUGCUCUGGUGAUGGGCCUAGCAAAGGCUCCCAUUGGGUUUGGGCAUGGUUCAGAGUCACUGAGCUGUGGGAUGGACAGAGCAGAAUCAUGCUCUCAGUGUUCAGCUGAACUUCUGCAGUUCCAGUAACGGUUCCUCAUUCCAGCCCAUUAAAACCCAAGCAACCAUCCCAACAGCCCAUGUUAUGCCAUCCACACUGGGUGCCUCACCCUCCAAGCUGUCCUCAGCAGGAGAGCAGGGCUGUUUGCAGAGUACUUCCAAAACUGCUGUGCCAGGGGCUGCUUUGGAACAUGCAGGACUCUUGAGAAACGGAGACUUUAAUGCUGGGAAGUCAUCUCAGCUGCCACACAGGGAUCUGCUGCGCCUCUGUGGGACUUCAGGGGAAAAUGGAUUUGAGAAAUCCUGGCGUCCUGUUUCUGAUCACGUGAGAACAGAAGAUACUUGGAAGUUUGACACCCCUGCCAUUGAGCGCACCCUUAACCAGUCUCUCUUUCUGGAUAGUUUGUGUGCUGACCCUCUCCAGAGGUUCCAGAAAUUCAAUCCAAACUCUGGGGCAGCUGAGGCAGGGGGAGACCAUUAUAAAGUGCUGCCAGAGAUCAAGCAGUCUGCAGGGGCUAAUGGAGCCUGUGACGGGACGUGGCCAAGAGGCAGCAGGCUGAUGCCAACGGGACUCCAGACCAACAGUUUCUUUCCAAAACCUGUAACACCCCCAUCUGUGGCAUGGAUGCAAGAGACCUGCACGCUGCAUCCGCACGAGAGGGUCUGUGAGCUCAGUGCUUGGAAACAACAGCUGGACAGUGUGCGACUGCAGAUAGAGCAGAUGCAGUUACAAAAUGGAGGUACCUGCCACCAUCCCUCCAUGUAUUCUCCUUCACUACCUACACCUGAUCCAGCCCAGUGGAUCAACAUCCUGAACUCCCAUGAAAACCUACUCAAGGAGAAAGAGCUCCUCAUUGACAGGCAAAGGCAACACAUAUCCCAGUUAGAGCAGAAGGUCCGGGAGAGCGAACUGCAGGUUCACAGCGCCCUGCUUGGCUGCCCAGCGCCCUAUGGAGACGUCUGCAUGCUGAGAAUGCAGGAGCUGCAGCGGGAGAACACGUUUCUCCGAGCACAAUUCGCAGAGAAGACUGAAUCUCUCAGUAAGGAGAAGAUUGAAUUGGAAAGAAAACUGGCUGCUGCAGAGGUGGAUGCAAAGCUGAUCCAGGAGACACUGAAGGAAAAUAAGCAGAAAUAUGCAGAGGAUUUAAAGAAGCAGGAAGAAAGGGUAAAGGGAAGAGACAAACACAUUAAUAAUCUUAAAAAGAAAUGCCAGAAGGAAUCUGAACAAAACAGGGAGAGGCAGCAGAGAAUCGAGACCCUGGAACGAUACCUGGCUGAUCUUCCAACUCUUGAGGACCACCAGAAGCAGAGUCAGAAGCUAAAGGAAUCUGAACUGAAGAGUACUGCUCUGCAAGAAACAGUGCUGGCACUGGAAACAGAGCUUGGAGAUGUACGAGCUGCAUUCAGAGAGCAAGGGAUGCAGCUAGAAACCCAGAAACAUAAAGAACUGGAACUUCUUUCCACUGUGCACAGCUUGCAGGACAAGGUGCAGCAGUGUGUAAAGAAUGCAGAGAGAGGAACUCCUGUACAGGAUGGGGAGAAACAGAAAAUAGAAAAUGACUCUCUGAAGAAAGAAUGCGACUGCCUCAGGAAGAUUGUGGAAAAACAGCAGAAGAAGAUGGAGCAGUUGUCUUCGCAAGUGAAGAACCUGGAAGAACAGGUGGCCCAGGAAGAAGGAACAAGCCAAGCUCUGAAAGAGGAGGCAGUGAGAAGGGAAAAUGCGCUGCAGCAGCUGCGGACUGCAGUGAAAGAGCUUUCAGUGCAGAACCAGGAUCUCAUUGAGAAGAACCUGACCCUUCAGGAACGGCUCCGGCAGGCAGAGCUGACAGCUCAGCCCCUGCCUGCUGAGACUGCCCGCCUUGCCCAGGAGUUGCACUGUGAGCUGGCCAGCUGCCUGCAGGAUUUGCAGUCUGUCUACAGCAUUGUCACUCAGAGGGCUCAGGGCAAGGAUCCUAAUCUCUCCCUGCUUCUGGGCAUUCGCUCUGCGCAGUACUCAGCUAAGGAGAAGGACGACUUGCUGAGCCCCGAUGCGCUUGCAAAAAAACUGGUGGAGGUAAAACAGCUUCACAGAGAGGUGGAGGACUUAAGAACGGCAAUAUCUGACAGAUACGCCCAGGACAUGGGAGACAACUGCAUCACUCAGUGAGGAGAGCUCUCCCCCCAGAGUAAGACAGGAAAUGAAGACUUGAACUCUCAGGAGACUAGAACUCCUACAAUUGAAAACCUGUUCAGCACUUUACCAUCCCAAUGCUUGGGUACAAACGUGUGGCUUAUCCAGGAGAAAUUGGGGGUUGUUGCCAGAAGUGUUUAUCUGUUGACUGGCUAACUGGAAUCAUUCAGGGCUUCAGUGUCAGGCUUUGCAGUAGCUUUGAUCUUAUGGAAUGUGUUUUUUGUUGUCUUUGCUGGAGCUGGUGCACUCUCUCACUCUGGGAGAUGAAUUCUGAAUAGCCUCCCAGGCAUGUCAGACACUGAACAUGCAAAUGUGACAAAAGCUAAAACCAACACUAAAAGAAAAUGUAUGCCCUGGUCUUUCUGAUAAAUUCUCUGCACAGAUCCUGUGCAGCUUGUAAGAGUGGAGUGCUAUCAGAGUGCUCAGGGAUAUCUGUGGAUUCUGUAGGCAAGCAGGUGUGCUGAUUAUGCUACCACUAAUUACAUCGCUGUGCUACAGGCUUGUCAGGUGCUGUGUGCAGUUCUGGCUUGGAUGCUUGUGUAGCCAUUCAUGCACCAGGACCUGCUUUGCUCAGGUAAAUGCAGCCAGAGUCUUCUGGUAGCCAACAGGUGUUGGGGAAUAAAACAACACUAACAGAAGACUCAAAAUGCUGCCCCUGGAUCUUAGAAGCCUUAAACCUUUUAUCCCCCUGAAAAAGCACGCGGAGUGUGUGUAUGACCCAGGCUACAGAGGAAAUGGAUUGAUGCUGAAGUGCCUUAAUGUGCUACAGAAGCUUCCUGUCCACACACUGCUUUGUGCCUAAUGCAUCUGCUGGCAGGGUGAGGAAUUACUAUUUCUUGUAGCAGCCUUUAGAGCCAUUGCAAACAAUCCUGCAGGGCUCUGAAUGUACGUAGCUCCUGCCUGAGCUGUAGGGACCCUCUGCACAGGGGGACCGCGCUGCAGGCCUGUUAGGAGAACCUGCAUGGCUCUGCUUACUCCUUGUUGGGGAGAAAGCCCUUCUGGUCCUAAAAUGGCAGCAGGAUUGUACAGCUGGAUCUGAGAGCUCCUCCUGAUGCCAGUGAGGCUGCAACUACUCAGGUUUUGUUCUAGUUCUGCCUCUGGUUCUCUGGUUGCUCCCCACUCCUGUGCCAAAUAAUUGGAAUCUAAAUUGGUGUGGGAUACAGUUAAUUUUGUCACAACUUUCUUAAUCUUAGUGGCAACUUUACAGUCCUGAGUGUUGGCUUGAGACAGUGCUGUGGUGCCAAGGGUGAAACUUGUGUUGGUCGCUCUCUCUUGACCCACAAAUGAUGAAGUCAGUGGUAAAACAGGGAACGUACUGCUGAAACUUCUGCCCCUUCAAUUGCUCUUGGUUCACACUGGGGCUGUGAGCCCUAAUUUUGAGAGAAAUGCUGUUGUAACUUUUGUGUUAAGAUUCAAGACCAAAUCUGUUUUGUUCUUGAAGUUAGGCCACGAGUUGGUUAGUGUGCCGUGCCAGCCAGCUCCGAGACGGCAUGCAGAGCUUCCAGCAUCUGCUGUGUUACAUCUCAGGCUCUGUCCCCACACUGCUGGUGCCACGUCCUGAGCUCGCUGUGGGCCAAAGCUUGUUGAGGUCCCGGCCGCCGGGAGCUCUGGCACGGAAGGCUGCAGGCUGGGAUGUGCUGUUCAGCAGCAGCCGCGUUCUGCUCAGGGUGCGGUGGGAGAUGUGACUCUGGGUGCAGGGCCGCGUGCGCCUCCUGCCUGUCCAUAACCGGCUGCGCAAAUGGGAUCGCGGCAGAAUGCCGCAGCCCUGAGGCUGGGUUGGCUGCCCCAGCCCUGCGCCCGUACUGAGCCCCGUCUUCCGUGUCACCGCUUUGCGGGUUACCCUGCAGGAAACGACCUCUGGGCUUAACGCAGAGCCCGGGUGGGCGCGGGACUCGGCCCUUCCUUCGCGAGCACCCUGCGCAGCGUGCAGGACCACGUGCCUCACCUCCCUGCUGGUUGUGCAGUUCGUAUUCCGACGGUUGGCGUUCAGCCUCGCGUUGCUUUCCUUCGUCGAGUCGAGCACGGGUGUAUUUAUAUCGGCGUUUGUCUUUACCCACUUGUUUGUACCCAAUGUUUUGAGUAUAAAAUAAAGCUGCUCUGCUCCACUCGUGCAA